UCCUGAUGGUGAGCUUACUAAGAUGGCUCAAGCUGCAGACAGGAUGAAAAAGAGUAAGUAAAAAGAACCAGUGAUGAUUCUCUUUCUAAAAUUAACCAUUUGACCCCUAAGAGUGACAAGCAUCUAAUUUCUCCUUAGAUUAUUACUCCUGAAUCCGACAUUAAGGUCACCAGAAUGAAAGAAAUGAUCACCAACUAAAGAAGCCCUUGAUUGUUGAACAAAGUCUCAUUGUCAGCACCUGAGGAAAUGUAUGGAGAACAAUAUGGAGGAUACUCAUACUGUGGUUAGGGUGGAGAGGGUUAAAUCAUUUGUGUCACUCAAUGCAGUACUUUCACUACUGACUGUACAGUCUUAAGUUACACGUGUUGGUAUUGCAGAGCUCGACCUCUUGACUGUUGUACAUACAUACUAAUGAGCUUCUUUUGAACAUGUUUUUUAGAGCAUUUUGAAAAGUUACACACAUUUGUGUGCUUUUUGUCUGAGUAUCUCUGAGCUGUACUGUAUCUUACAAUGUCGCCCCUGUAUCAAACAUCAAGGUCACAAGAAAAAAGAAAAUGAUCACCAACCAAAGAUUGUGAAACAAAUUCUCCUUCUCAGCACCUUAUUUAGUAUAGAGAACAUUAUGGAGAAUAUACAUACUGAUGGUGGGGUGUAAAGGGUUUAAGGGGACAUUCAAUUAAUUUGUCUUCUUGUCAUUAUAGACAAAAUAAAGAGGGAGGCAAUGGUGUCACUAGGCCUCUUUCACUGAUGCAAGAUGCAGGCAAUCAAGACAUUACAGAGUAAGUACAAAUAUCAUCACAAUCACAGAAAGUGCAACUGAUAUUAUGAACUAUUGAAUCUUGUCCUGUAAAAAACAAUGAUAUUGGUAGAUUAUGACGUGAUUUGAGACUGGACCAGUUUAUUCAGUUACUAGGUAAUUAAGUAUUAUCAACUGAGUUAAUAUUGAAAAAUUUGGCCACCAUCAAGAGUUUUAAAGCGUAAGUUGUGCGCAGAAGAAGGACUAAUGCUCAAAAAAUCAGCUUUUAAACCCUUUAUGGUGUCUAAUUUACAUUAUCAACUCAGUUGAUAAAACUAAAUCACCCUGUUAUACUCUUCCACCAAUGCAGCACCACCGUUUCUAUCAAAUCUUGCUCCCUUUACUCAGUAACUAGUUUGCUGUUCUGCAGUGAACAAGAAUAGUGGACUCCAGAGUGACAAAUGUUCAAAACGUUGUUAGUAGGCAGCCAAUUUGCAUUUGUUCCCACUGGUGAGUACUCAUAUCAAAAUGGGCCAGUUUAAGAAACUUCAGAUACUAGAGUUUCAAAUGGGACACCAGUGUUUGAAAUCAGUCACUAGUGUCCAAAACCAGAAGCUACUUCCCAUAUUUGGACACUAGUGUCCAAAAUCUAAAACUAAUGUCCAAAAUUUGACUCUUAAACGUUAGUGUCCAAGUUUGGACACUAGAUCCCCAAAUCCUCCUUUACCAUCUGUUACCAUCUGCCUAUUUUUGCAGUCCUGAGAGGGUCCUCCAUCAACCCUACAGAACAUUACUACAUUGAUACGCAUUCAUUCUGCAACUGCACACAGCCCAAAACGAAUAUGAGGCAUCUGAGUCACCAUGACAAAUCUUCUGUUCAUUUGUGUUUAUUAAUUUCUGUCCUUUUUCAAAAGCUUUGGUGGAGCUCUGCCACCUGUUGAGGGUGAAGCGAUGGCACAGUAUGUGAAGAAAGGCAAGCGAAUCCCUCACUGUGGUGAGAUCGAGCUUACAAGUGAAGAGAUUGUUACAUUUGAAUCAUCUGGUUAUGUGAUGAAUGGAAGCAGGUAUGAUAGCAUACCUUAAUCAUUCAGAAAGAGCAUUUUAAAACCUUGGACCAAACAACUAGUGCUAAAAGUAACACACUCCACUUUAUCCAGAGGGACUCUGGAACAAUGGCAUUGUACAUGGGUUAUUACAGAUCAUAUCACUGCUAACUAUUUGUGUUUUCUUUCUGUACAUGAAAAUUUAUCCUCUUCUUUACAUUGCUGCUGAUUUGUCUGCAAUAUUUUCUUUCAAAUUAUCCUUUGCAGACUGGCCAAUUUGCUGGUCAGCUUUUUCUGUUACUUGAUAAGUUCCUUUUAGGCCACAGACUUAAAUUUAUUGAGAAUGAAUGUUGCAGUAAACAAGUUCUUCCUAUGUCUUGAUUUCAGUCAAACUACUUGCUUGGUGUUGUGGAUUACCGAAAAAUUUGAGACAAGAAACACCAAAAUUUUACAUACAAACAGCACAUACAAGUUAAUCAUCCAACAAUGGUUUUUGCAACACCUUUCCCACUUACUUUCCUCACACUGAAUGUAGUUUCACCAACACAGAGUAUAAAGAGGAAGCUUAUGGGAGACAUAAUCUUUCCAUGGAAUACCACUUAGAGCGAACAGUGCUUAAUUCCAUUGUGACUGUAAAAAAGAACAAAACAAAACAAAGAACAUGGAAGCUUGAAGAUUGUUUUGUGUCCAUAGCAUCAGUUGGUAUUUUUCUUGAUUCCAGCCAUUCACUGCCUUGUAACCCUCUUACUUCUUGUUUAACAGGCGAGCACUGGCUAUGUUUAAUUAUGAGGAACAAUCCAAGACAAAACAAAAUCUUUUCAGACCUCAGGGAGAUGAUUCAUCAGAAAAUCAACAAAAAGAAAUAGUAAAUGUUACUCCAGCUAUAUUAGCUUCCUCUAGUUUCGACUGCUCUUUCCAGUGUUGCUUGAUGAUGGACUGGCGUACCAAAUACUGGACAUGCAAGUAGCAGAGAAGGAAAUGAGAGAAAGUCCUACCCAUAGACAGCCAAAGCAAUGCUUUUGCAUCAUUCAGAAUUAAUGUAUUCUUCUUUUGUGGUCUCGGUUGUUCAGGCGGAUAAUACUAUCCACUGGACUAAUCUCUUUCCAGUGGAUAGUCCACCACCAUAUUCUGCUGGAUAACAAUUUUAUCUGUUGGAUAUCAUUAUCUACCCUCUAAUGAUAUUCUAGUCACCCCCAAAAUUGAAAUGGGCAGCGGAAACGAAAGUUGUCAAAUUCUUGGAGAGGAAUUAAAAAGCCUCUUUCGCUGACGACAACGAGAAAAUCCUGUAAACACGGCCUAGAAAAUGGCAAGCAAAAGCUUAACCGAAGAAGACGAAGAAGCGACAACGGUCGUCAUAUAUACAGACGAAGAAAUAAAUACCCUAAAUCGCGAUGUUAAACUUUCAGUGCUUUCGCUUGGACACUUCGUUUCUUCCAGUUUUGCGACUAAAGAGGCAAAAGGUGUAAAUUAUUUUCCUCCUUGAGCAUAUGAUUUGGAAAAAUAUGUUAAAGAUGAACGGCUUGUAAAUUUAGUGAAAUACCACUAUUAACCUUAAGACAUUGUGUAGCUUGUUUCAAUAGUUUGAAAACAAAUGUAAAAACAAGCACAAGAUACAAAUAAAGUUGUCG